AUUUGACAAGCUGCUUGCUCGGUUGCUGCUGCCGACUGCCCAGUGUAGACCAAAUAAAAGCAAUAUAUGUUCCUCGUCCUCCUCCUCUCAUGAUGCAAACCUUCUGUUGAAUUUACCCAUCAUCAUGUGGCACUAGCAGAGGGGCAUUUUCAGGCACCUCCAAAGCGACUCUGUAGAUCCGUCAGUGAUCAUGUUCACAAUCCUCCUCCUCCUCCUUCCUUGUAUUCUUCUUCACCUUGUUAAUUUUCUCCUAGGGCGUGCUGAGUUUCCUUCUUCAACCCUUGAACUGAAGCAUGAGGAAGCUCCCCAAGCAGUGCCUUCAUCUUCAAUCCCUGAAACAUUGGACUUUGAUGUCUUCCUCAGUUUUAGGGGGGAAGACACCCGCAAUAGUUUUACGGACCAUUUAUAUCACGGUUUGAAUCUGAAAGGAAUCGAUACAUUCAUGGAUGAAGAGAGGCUUGAGAGGGGAAAACCCAUCGCACCAAAACUCCUGAAAGCAAUUGAACACUCUAAGUUUGCAGUUGUCGUUCUUUCAGAAGACUACGCUUCUUCAACUUGGUGUUUGGAUGAACUUGCCCAUAUUGUUCAGUGCAUGAAAGGGGGGAGACUAAAAGUGUUUCCGGUCUUCUACCACAUCGAGGCAUCCACGGUAAGAAAGCAAACAGGAAAUUAUGGAAAAGCCUUUGCUAAGCAUGACGAAAAUUUUAAGAAGGAAAAAAGGAAGGUGAAAAAGUGGAGGAGAGCUCUGACGAGGGUAGCCGAAGUUGCCGGAUGGGAUUUGAAAAAUAGGAAAGAAUCAGAAGUUAUUGAGGAAAUAGCUAACAGGAUUUCAAAUAUAUUGAACGACGAACUCUCAAGUUCUAACAACGAUUUAAUUGGAAUGGAUUCUCGUAUUAAGAAAAUGGAGGAGUACUUGGCUCUUUGCAGGUCGGAUGAUGUUCGCACCAUAGGGAUUUGGGGGUUCGGGGGCAUUGGUAAGACAACUCUCGCAAACGAAGUUUUUAAGAAGAUCAGGAACCAAUUUGAUGCUAAAUGCUUCGUUUCCUCUGUUAGAGAGGAAUCCACAAAAGUAAAUGGUCUAGUUGGCAUGCAAAAAUCUCUCUUUGCAACCUUGCUGCACUGCAAUGAAGAUAUACAAAAUGCUGACUUGGGGAUCCAAUUGUUACGUACUAGACUAAGGAAUAAAAGGGUGCUUAUUGUUCUGGAUGAUGUUGAUAAACUAGAUCAGAUAAAGGCUUUAGCAGAUGAAUCUUGGUUGGGUCCAGGGAGUCGAGUCAUUAUAACAACUAGGGAGAAGCAUGAGUUGGAUUCAUGUGGACUACUUGCAGAUAGUAUAUACGAGGUUGACAAGCUGAAGAUUGGUGAAGAUUCUCAGCUCUUUUGUCGAAAAGCCUUCAAGGAAAACGAUGCUCCACAUGAUUAUAAAGAGUUGUCCAAAAAAUAUGUAGAAUAUGCUGGUGGCAUUCCUUUAGCUCUUAUAGUUCUGGGAUCAUACUUGAGGGGAAAAAAUGUAAUAGAAUGGUCAGAAGCAUUUGAUAGACUUGAUGAAGAUCCUGAAGAAGACAUUAUGAAUGUGCUUAAAAUAAGUUUUGACGCAUUAAAGGGCACAGUGAAACAAAUCUUUCUGGACAUUGCAUGCUUCUUUAAUGGAGAGAAUCAAGUUCGUGUAAAGAAGAUAUUAGAAAGUUGCCGGUUUUAUCCUACAAGUGGUAUGCGUGACCUUCUUGAUAAAGCCCUAAUUAAAAUUAACGAAAGAAAUGAACUGUGGAUGCAUGAUUUACUUCGGAAAAUGGGUCAGGACAUUGUUCAUAGACAAUUUCCUAAUGAGCCUGGAAAGCGCAGCAGGUUGUGGAUUAAUGAGAAUGCCUACAAACGCAACAGGUCAUGGCAUGAUAAAGUACUUGCAGAGAAUACGGGAACAACUGCUGUCGAAGGCAUAUUCCUAAUCUUGCUGGCAAAGGAAGAGAUACAGUUGGAUGCUGACCCGUUCGCUAAAAUGUGCAACCUAAGAUUGUUGAAGAUUUGUAAUGUCAACUUUUCUAGAUGCCCUGAGUAUUUCUCCAAAGAGUUACGGCUUCUGGAAUGGCACGAAUAUCCUUUAGAAUCUCUGCCAUCAAGUUUUAAACCAUGUCAGCUUGUUGAACUCAAGAUGCCUAACAGUCGCAUUACCCAACUAUGGCAUGAAAGUUGUACCAUGAUGGAAAACUUAGUACAAAUGGAUCUUUCCAACUGCAAAUUCUUGAUCAAGACCCCAGACUUCAGAAAGGUCCCAAAUCUUGAGAGGUUGAUUCUUGAAGGUUGUGAAAAAUUAUCAGAGGUUCACGCAACAAUUGGGGAUCUCCAACGUCUCGUUGUAUUGAAUAUGGGACGUUGUGAAAGUCUAGAGAGCCUUCCCCACUCCAUCAGCUUAAAAUCUCUUAAAACCUUUAAUCUUUCUGGUUGUUCAAAACUCAAAGAGUUUCCAGAGAUUGUGGGAAACAUGGAAGCUUUGUCAGAACUUUUUUUAGAUGGAACGGCUAUAAGGACGCUGCCGGCAUCAAUCCAGCAAUUGAGGGGCCUUUUUUGGAUAAAUUUAAGUCGUUGCAAGAACCUUACGUGUCUUCCUAUGGCCAUUUGUAGUAUGACAUCUUUGAGAUAUAUAUAUAUGUCUGGCUGGCUGUUCGUGCCUUGUAAAACUGCUACAACAGAAGUGCCAGUCGAAUCCUCUGUAUCCGCUGAACAUAAAGAUGAGCUGGCUGAAUCCUCUGUAUCCACUGAGCAUAGAGAAAUGGAAUCCUCUGUAUUGUUCAAUGAGCUGGCAACGGAAGAGAUAUAGUUGGAUGCUGACCCAUUCGCUAAAAUGCGCAACCUAAGAUUUUUGAAGAUUUGUAAUGUCGGCAUCAAGUUUAAACCAUCUCAGCUUGUUAAACUCGAGCGUUUAGAUUUCACUGGAAAUGGUGUGGGCUGAGAAAAUAUCUAUAAGAUUUCUGAGCCUAAAAAACUCAUCUUGUUUGGGAGUAGCAACCUUCAGUCGUUGCCAAAACAACUUCCGUUGAGUAUAAAGUUCAUUGAUGUACGUCACUGUCCUAUGCUGCCAAUUUCAAGGAAUUUGACAGUAUGGACUGCUAUUAACGGUUUUAGUUUAAUGAUUUGUGGAAAUUCCGAUGAGGAUGAAGAUAGAACAAGGAACCCAUUUGCAGUUCACGAAGAACUUCAUGAUUAACUAUUCUUUUCUAAAUACAUUGAGGUCGUCUUGAACACCCCAUAGUCUUUCAAAACUUUGAAGACUACAGGGUUGGGUCGUCCUAUGGACUUUGCUGCUACGAGCCCCGAGGCAGGCAGAUUGCAAGGCUGUUGAAUGAAGGGUCGACAAUUUGAAGCUUCAGUUACAACGAAUCGACCAGACUUGGAAGUAAAAGGGUGCGGGAUACAUUUCAUAUGGCAGCAAGAUGUUGCAGGUUUUGUUAAUAAUUUGAUACCAAUUGCUAAUCACCAUCAACACCCAGGAUUUGAGCUUUGGUCUACAUUGGAAAGCUCUGGUGCUCAGACAUGAACUUUGCACUCUGAAUGAAGACAGCUACAAACGCUGGAACAAUUGCAAGGUUUUGUAGUCUGACCCCAUAAUUGUCACUCCAAACAUUGUCGUUUUGUCAUCAUUUACAUAUAAUGGCCGAGUCUGAGACCAGAAGAGAGAACUUGAGUUUGUU